ACAAACUCAUAUUAGCACAUGUUCCAGUGUAUUUUUAGUUAUUAUUUGUGUUACCAGAUAAUUAAUGUGUUUGUUAUUUGUCUCUUGGCCGACUUUGUCCUUGACUGGACGAAGAAGAAUCACCGCGAUACAGUAACGAAGACACUUAGGAAGAGGUUCAAUCAUAUUCGGUAUGAACUUCACAAAAUAUACAAGAGUUACAAGACGAACGAAGAAGCUCUUGCGAAUGUGCCAGAGUUGGUGACACCAGCUACUUGGGUGAAGUUAUGCGCUCGAUGGUCAAGCGCGGAAUUUAGGAUGAUAUCUGAGAAAAAUAAAAGUAAUAGAGCGAAACAACAAACAAACCACACGGCUGGACGAACCUCAUUCGUAAGACUAAUGCAAAUGAGGUCUGAGAGUGAUGAGCACCUUAUUGAUUUCUUUAAAGAGGUGAGGUGGAGUAAGAAGAAGGGUAAAUUUGUGACUCCAGCGACGGAAGAGAAACAUAAUGAAAUGGUUGCCAAGUACUUUAAGUUAGAGCCUGAGAAGCAGACUAAGGAUGUUGCUGCAUCAAUCUUUAGGGAGGUACUAGGCCACAGGCCAGGGUAUGCAAGGGGGUUGGGGGAGAUGGUUAUCCCUGAGUCAUCUAGACAGAACACUGCAGAAAAAUUUGCAGCAUUAACAGAACGUGCAGAGAGGCAUGAGAAGGAUGCUGAGUAUUACAAGAAUCAGUUGGAAGAAUUACGGGGGAAUGUAGAGAAAGUGUUGGCGAAGCAAGCUGAGUACGACAAAUUAUUAAGUUCAUACAUGGAAUCACAGAGGCAAACCCAAGGAGAGUCUCAUAGAGAAACUCAAGGACCUGCAUAGGCAAUUCCUUUUUUAGUCAAUAAGUUUUUUGUGCGGAGAUGGAUUUGUGCCUUAAAUGUCAUAGAAAAGUGUCUCCUAGUAUAACUUUUUUGAUUAUUAGAUAUUUGGUGUUAGGUUGUAUGUUUUGAAAGGGUUUACACUGACUUGGAGCUGCACACAGUACAACCUUCACUGUGAAGGAUUUUGAUGUGGAAGUCUGGUUUUGCAGUACUUUGGUUUCUGUAGGCUGGGACCAAAUCAAGAAGUGGAAAAGCUUUGAGAUCAAUGAAAGAGGCUUCCAAUUUUCAGAUGAAGAGAUAUAACUUUCGGUUUUGAGAUGAAGAAGGCAGCUUCCAUGAUGAUCAAGACUUGCUUAGGAAAUCCUUGUUACACAAUAAAGAUGAGGAGUACACAUGUAAACUUACAUUGAUCUAUUAAUAUGGGAUGUUGGGGUGAAUUUCAAAUAGUCCUUUUUAUGAUGAAUGAAUGAUAUAUUGAUAUAUACAUGUUGGGAGAAUUUGAAACAUCUAUAUCAUGUAAACGAUUAGUUCAUGAUAUUGUAUGUUUAUUAGGGAAUAUGUUGAUUUAUUAAAAAUUUACAUGCGUUGGCUA